UACAUUUCAUUCUAAUGUUCUAUACUCGUUUUCAUGCAAAUUGAGCUAUCUUACAAUGAUAAAGAUACCCUAAGUCAUUAAUAAUUGUACUUAUCCUAUUAUAGCUUUAAAAUAUAAAGUAAACCAUAUGAUUGGACGAUCCGGUUUUUUUCCUGAAAUAAUUAGCUAAAAUACAACACGUUAAAUGAUAUUAACCUUCUGUGGAUAUUAUUUCCUGAUAACCUCUUCUCUUGACAUGUACUGCAGAAUAUUCAAUGACGAUGUUGGCCACACAACAGUACAGUUCAAAGUGUUGUCUACUGAGGAUGAGUUGUGGCCAAAACACAAUGAAAAACCAUUAGAAAUAUUUAAGAUGAAGGACGGUGAACAACAACUUCCUGAGGGAGAGCCUGAAAUUGUUCGGCAAAAUUAUGAUGCAGUCGAUUUACAAGACCUUAGAAGAUCUCUCGAAAAAGACUUCAGCUUGGCGCAUUUUACUGAAGAGCAUGUCCGUGAAUGGAAUAUAUUCUUUGAAAAGACAGCCACCAUCGAGACAGAGACAUGGCCGUUGCAUAAUUUGAGGCCGUGUCAAAAUAUUACAUAUUCAUCCACACUGACAGAAAAAGAGGCAGACAUUAUGAGACGGUAUAAGGAGAAGCGUCAUCAGUAUAAACAGGUAUAUUCGAGCAACAUCCACGGGGACAGAAGGCGAUAUAUGGAGGGUGAGCAUGUUGUUUUUAACCUUACCGGGUUAAAAAGAAUAGGCCAGAUCGAAAGUGUUCACUACGGAAUGUUGACGUUAGAAGAACUGCAGGAGCGGGGAAGGAAGUACUUCCGCACUGGGCAAAAAGAGAGGGUGCGAAUAGAAGAAUGCUACCCGGGAACUUUUGAUUUAAAUAGAGACUCGUCACUUCCCAGAAAAUUAAGAGCAAAAUAUUUUGCGUAGCUAUAUAAUGAAUAAAUCUCUCUUGAAUACUGAUCAUUUUGUAAAACGUGGCAAUAAAGUAAUGCGGUACUUUGAUAUGAACUAACCAUUUAGAGCGACAUGCCUCCAGAUCGUUCGACAACAAAAAUGUUUUUUUUUUAGAUAUCUUGAAAUAAAUGCUAUGCAUGUAUUUCUUAAGAAGGCUUUAAACCUUAAUUACUGACAAACUUUAUGUUACGGAAACACAUGAGAAUUUUCUGUUUUUACUACUUUUUUAUGAAGAAAAUCGAAAAGCGUUUGUCACGUUUUUACUUGAGGUAAACUCUCUCAAUUAUAAAUAUCUAUAUUUGGAAGUAAUUAUUCCCUGCUUCAGCUAUAGCGCUAUUGGUUACGACGAUGGGAAAAUGUCUAUUGCCGCGGCGGUCCGGGGUUCGAUUCCCGACGCGGUCAUCUUUUUUUCUUGAUUUAGAUUUCUAAAAAUAUUUUAGAAACAAAAAUUCAUAUUCUAAUGUUCAUUAUAUGACCAAAACUUCAAUCUGAAAGAAAUUUUUUUUUAACCAAAUCUUGAGGCAUGCUGCUUUAAUUAUCACGAAAAAUUUUAAAUUCCAUUUACUGACAAAGAAUAAAUCUGUUAGCGGCCACAUUGUCUCAAAUGAUUAGUACAUGUUUUACAGUAUUAAUUCAUUUAAAUGGCACAAUUAAGAUUUAUGUCACAAGAACAUUGAGGCAAGCUACUAAUUUCAGCUAUUCUAAACCAGAAACGUUUUCUCGGCUCUUUUAGAAAAAAAGCCUUAUAAUUGUUUACCAUGUUUUUUCCGUCACUUUAUGCAAGACCACUAGGAUAAGAGAUGGUUCUUGUCUAACAAAGACUUCUUGACAUGUACGCAACCACUGUUAACUUUAUCUCUGUUAUAAAAGGGACUUGCAGAGAACAUAAUUUCACUUGUCCAAUGUAAAUAAAUCUUACAGUAUUUAUCCUCUGGAGGAACAUGUUAGUCCAGCCCUUUAAUAUUAUACACUAUUAGAAAACAAACUAUGGUCCAUCACUGGCAUAUGAAUAAUAUAUAAAUGCAAUAUGACAAACGUUCAUAACGUUACGAAGACUUGGGCCUGACUGAUAUAAAACAAUUAUUUAUAAAAUUUUCAUCCAAUGUAUCCAGCCUGACCAAAUAUGAAAUAUAAUUAAAAAAAGAUAAAUUGUAUUCACAAAAAAAUGAAAUUAUCAGCUUCAUGGUUCAUACAGGACUUGGCAUAAAAAAAUCAAGGACUUUUCAAGGACUUUUUAUCGAUUUUCAAGGACUAUUUUAAUCGCUUUAAAUCUUAAAUUACAAAACCAUUUAGGCUCUUCAUAAGGUAUUAUGACAGAAGAAAAGUUACAGAACAGUUUUAUUUUCCAUAAGCUACAAUA